AUGUCGCAGAACUGGGAGGCACUUCUGGAAUUGCUCGUUUCAGCCCCUGCUAGUGGAAACAACCUCAUCCUGGACGACUGUGAGUCCGCUCUCCUAGCGGCUCAGGCAGCGCUGACCUGCGAGAGGGACGGCUGCCAGACGGAGUUCUGCUAUCACUGCAAGCAGAUAUGGCAUCCCAACCAAACCUGCGACAUGGCCCGCCAGCAAAGGGCGCAGGCGCUCCGAGUACGGACCAAGCACACGUCGGGCCUCAGUUACGGACAGGAAUCCGGGCCGGCUGAUGACAUCAAGCCGUGCCCGCGUUGCAGCGCCUACAUCAUCAAGAUGAACGACGGGAGCUGUAACCACAUGACGUGCGCGGUGUGCGGCUGCGAGUUCUGCUGGCUGUGUAUGAAGGAGAUCUCGGACCUGCAUUACCUCAGCCCUUCUGGCUGUACGUUCUGGGGCAAAAAGCCAUGGAGUCGUAAAAAGAAGAUUCUCUGGCAGCUGGGCACAUUGAUCGGCGCUCCUGUCGGCAUUUCCCUCAUUGCUGGCAUUGCCAUUCCUGCCAUGGUCAUUGGCAUCCCGGUGUAUGUCGGGAGGAAGAUCCACAGCAGGUAUGAGGGAAAGAAAACCUCUAAGCACAAGCGGAACUUGGCCAUUACUGGUGGGGUCACCUUGUCUGUCAUUGCCUCUCCGGUCAUCGCUGCUGUCAGUGUUGGUAUUGGAGUCCCCAUCAUGCUGGCUUACGUCUACGGUGUUGUGCCGAUCUCGCUGUGCCGAGGCGGUGGCUGUGGAGUUAGCACCGCCAAUGGAAAGGGUGUGAAAAUUGAGUUUGAUGAAGAUGAUGGACCUAUCACAGUGGCUGAUGCCUGGCGAGCCCUGAAGAACCCCAGCAUUGGCGAGAGCAGCAUUGAGGGCCUGACCAGCGUGCUGAGCACCUGUGGCAGCCCCACCGAUGGGCUCAGCGUGAUGCAGGGCAACUACAGCGAGACGGCCAGCUUCGCCGCGCUCUCGGGCGGCACCCUGAGUGGUGGUGUCCUCUCGGGAGGCAAGGGGAAGUACAGCAGGCUGGAAGUUCAGGCAGAUGUCCAGAAGGAGAUUUUCCCCAAAGACUCGGUCAGCUUGGGAGCUAUCAGUGACAACGCCAGCACUCGAGCCAUGGCUGGUUCCAUCAUCAGCUCCUACAACCCCCAGGACAGGGAGUGCAAUAACAUGGAGAUCCAGGUGGACAUCGAAGCCAAACCAAGUCACUACCAGCUGGCCAGCGGCAGCAGCACAGAGGACUCUCUGCACGUCCACACCCAAAUGGCAGAGAAUGAGGAAGAGGAGGAGGAGGAAGAGGACGGUGAGCAGGAGCAGACGUGCAAACACCAAAGCUGUGAGCAAAAGGACUGCGUUGCCAGCAAAACCUGGGACAUCACCCUGGCCCAGCCUGAGAGCAUACGGAGCGACCUGGAGAGCUCCGACAGCCAGUCGGACGACGUGCCAGACAUCACCUCGGACGAGUGCGACUCCCCCCACUCUCAGACUGCGGCAGCCUGCCCACAGACCCCCAACACUCGAGGUGCCGAGAGCCCAAGUGCCCCCCUGAGCCACUGUGCCCAAACCGAGGGCUGCAGGCUGGACGAAAUGGUCAAACUGGAGUGCAUCGAAGCCAGGGUAUGAAGUGGCCUUGUGCUGAGGAGCACGCUCGCUGUCAUCGCAUCUUCUGGGGCAGGGUUGUGUCUGUGUUGGCUUCUGUUUGCAAUUCUCCAGCCGGCUCCCUGCCCGAGUCCUGUGGCACUUUUUGUGGUCUUAAAACAGCUUUUCCCAAAAAAAAAAAAAAAAAAAAAAUCCCCCCCCCUCUUUUUGUUUUAAUUUAUUGGUUCAAGCUCUGUGAGGUGUGUAAGAGUGUAAAUAUGUACGUGUGUCUGUACGUCUGCAAACAUCCCAAGGGGCUGUUGGAAUAAAGACUCCGGUUGUCAUU